AUGGAGAUGGGUGUCCAUGCCGCGAACCUGUUUGGUUUGUUGCAGCUUCGCCACGUGCAGGCCAAAGGUUUGAGAUGCCGCUUCCAAAGGAACCGCUCCUGGGUGGAUCGAUUUGAGGUGACAUCUGUGUUGAAUGGCCACAGGGGCUGCGUGAAUACCAUCCGCUGGUCCUCAGAUGGUGAGCUUCUGGUAAGUGGGAGCGAUGACAUGAUGGUUCACCUUUGGAGGCUGGGCCCGCAUCUUUGCGGCCAUGCAAUUCGCCCGUCGGUCUGCCUUCCAACAUUUCACCGGCAUAACAUUUUUGAUGCGAUCAUCACCAGCGACAUGCAGAGAAUUGUGUCGUGUGGGGCUGAUGGCUACGUGUGCCUGACAGAUAUCUACAGUGGACAAAAGAUGAAACUGUUCGAACCUGACAGAGGCCACUUUUUUGCAUUCAAAAUCGCAACUUUGCCGGAUGUUUUGGACCACACCUUCUUUGUUAGUUGCAGCGAUGGCUGUGUUCGCCACUUUGAUUUGCGAGGGGAUGACCAUGCCGUCGCCGUCAACACAGGUGGAAUCGGAUUGGCAGGACUGUCAGUGAACCCUGCUAGAACCGACACUAUCGCAGUGGGUGGCAACGAUGCGUUCUUGCGGAUUUAUGAUAUUCGCACCUUGCGCAUGCAUCCCGAGUCGAGGGUUGCAGCAGACAUGCCGUUGACUCCAGCGGUCUCGCUUCACUCAACGGAAAAUAUGAUUCGAAAACAGCGCAGCAUGGCAUCAAGUUUGUUGUCUCGAUCAGAGGUGGGCAUUUCUGGAGUUUGCUGGAGCCUUUCCGGACAGUCCCUUCUUGCCAAUUAUCGAGGUGGCGAAAUCGAGCUUUUUGACGUCGGACCUAGCACAACAAGUGAGAAAGCCGUUGCAGUGACAAAGAACUCGGCACCAGUCUCGCUACCAAGCGAGGCAUGCAGCGUAGUGACCUUGCCGGCAUCCUCUGUUCGCUUAAGCUCACGACGGUCAUUUGAGGGUAGGACCAACGAAGAAACUUGUGCAAAGGAAGUUCAAUUUCUGUGUGGUGAAGCUGCAGUGGGCAGCGGGGGAGACUGCGGCAAUUUCUAUGUGUGGGAUGUGUCCUCAGGCGGGUUGCUCAAAAAACUCAGAGCUGAUCGACACAUUGUAAACUGUGUGGCGCCACAUCCAACAUGGCCAUUGGUCGCCACAUCGGGAAUCGAUUCCGCAAUCAAGAUUUUGGACGUUGCUGAUGUGGAUGUGAGGACGCGAAGAAGCGGCACCUUUGGAGGCAGCGCGUCUCAGUUUCAGGAAGCUCAGGAGACUAGCUCUGGGACUUCGCCCUCGCCCUCAGCCUCAGACCCAUCUCCCGAGCUACCAGAACAUCUUGAUGUGGGCCUGCAAGAGGCAGCAGUGCAAGAAGCGAUGACCUUCAGACGACAAGGCAACGCAGCGGUCGGGCAAGCAGACUGGAUCUCAGCGCUGUCCUUCUACGAGCGGGCCCUGCAGCGCCUAUGCUUCGAACCUGUCGAUGAGUUGCGCAAUGAGACAGAAAGUUUGGAGCUUGAUGUCCGGCUACACUGCGCAUUUUGCACCUUAAAUCUGGAAGAAUUUGAUUCCGCCGUUGUGCACUGCAACCGCGCGAUCCAACUGGAUCUGUACAACGCACAAGCAUUCUGCAGACGAGCGGUUGCACAUGGUGGGAUGCUUGACUUCGCAGCAGCAUACUCCGACAUAGACACUGCCGCAAGCUUGGCUCCUGAAGACUCUGACAUCGCCCGCAUACGUUCAAGGUUGAAAAAGCACGAGAAGCGCCAACUGAAAGGUUGGACCAACACGGAUGAGUACAGUGUAGACGAUGAGCACGGAAAUGCAUCUUCUUCGCAACCUGGAAGACAGGCCCUGCUCAGCAGUGGGAAGUGCUUUUGGCCGAAUCGUCUGGACAAGCUGGCCCGGCUUGCUUACUGCUACACUGCAGAGUACCGCAUUGCUGCAGUUGGAGUCAUUGUCCUACUCUCCUGGUCUGUGUGCGUGGUCUUGGCUCAGAAACAGAAUCGGGUCAUCGUGUUUCGAGAAGACGGCGUUGCAACGGUUGCUGUCCUGGUCGGUCUUCUUUGUGCAUGGGACGGCCCGCGUGUUUGGCAGGUGCUUGUCAUCACAGCGUCCUCUUUGAUUGUCGCAUGGCUGGUCCACUUUGAAGCAGUUCUCAAGAACCUGGUGCCGAGCCUCUUUGCAGAGCUUGUGUUAACGGUUGCAGCAGCCAGCACAGUGGCACUGGCUGUGCAUACUGGCUUCGAAGGCUCUCAAGUUCUAGUCGGUGCUUUUGCAGGCUUUGCUGCUGCUUCAUAUUGCUCAGAUUGGGCGCGUGCGGCUGAUGACCACAUUGCUGGAGCUGCACUCCUCUGGUCUUGCUUCGGCGGACUCCUUGGCACAUGGAUUCUACUUGCGUGGAGAAGGGAACUUCUCUCCACUGUCGCGCCGUUGUUCGGAAGCUUCUUGGUGGUGUCGGGAUCGGGCAGCUUGCUGUCACGAGCCGUUAGUUUGCCAUGUUUGCCACAUAUGGGCGUGUGGUCAUGGGAUGCUUUGGUACUGCUGGGCCCAGCCGGGACACAUGCAUUGGCAUGGCACAUGCUCUGCAUACUUCUAGCCGUGUCCUGUCAGCGGAGCGGUCGUCCUGUCCUUGCGCUGUGGUGUUUGAUCGCAUUUACCAGCUUGGUGGCUCUAGGCGCUUUGCUGGCCGGAAUCCAGUGUCACACAAAAGACAGGCGUGCUGAUGGCACUCCCUGCCCAGCAUUUCUGGCUGUUCCCGACAAUUGGCAGUGGCAGCUUUCAGGGUGCACAGCAUGGGUGAUGUUGACACUGGUUUCUGGGUGGAAGCAAAUCGUCAGCAGCCCUCCAACUUCAGGUGCAGAACAAGGUAGAGGAAUAUUUGAUUCUCGUGCCCGUGGAAUCUAUGUGCCUGUGGAAGAGGUCUCGGCUGAAGACGGUCUUGCUGACAAAGCAGAUCCCCUGAAGACCUUGUUGCCCUCUCAGCAAGGCGCCCCUGGCAGCCCAGGACUUGAGAAGCCUCUGACGCUUUCUGGCUUCGUUCAUUCACUUCAUGCACGGGGACGGGCAGUCAAGGCGGCAGUCGCACCUCACUUUCGGAUCAGUAUCGGCGAUUCGAUGGGAGCGGCCACGGCCUUUCGCAGCUGCGAGGCUGCAGGAGCACCGAUGCCAGCUUUCUACCGGGCAGUACUGCUGAUGAGGCGCGAGCUGCUGAAAUGGGCUUUGGCCCCCUUUUCCGCUUCCGGCGGUGCUGCUUCCUUGGAUGCAGCACGUGGGGCGGCUCUUUGCGCGCAGCUCUGUCAGACGUGA